AUUACAACACAUAAGCAGCCAAAACACUAAAUUACAAAAUUGUAAAACCUUUUCGUACACUUUCAGGCAACACGCACGUCACAAUCAAAAUCAGACUGUGCGCCGUAUACACAAUUCAGACUCCACAAACACAACAACAAAAUGAACAAAGCAGAUCCCAUAUCGCUCAGUUUCCACGACUCUUGUCUGCGGAUGUCCGACGUCCAACUGCUGCACGGACCACGCUGGCUGAACGAUCAGAUUUUGAGCUUCUUUUAUGAGUAUCUGUCGCAUGUCAAGUACAAGAACAACAAUGAUCUGUACUUCAUAGCGCCCGAGGUGACACAGUGCAUGAAGUAUAUGGAUGACUCCGAGUUGGCGCUGCUCCUGAACAAGAAUAACGCUGUCUACAAACCAUUUAUUUUCUUUGCGCUCAACGAUAAUGGAGCCACUGAAGAGGGAGGCACCCAUUGGUCGCUGCUGGUGCUCUCUCGACCAGAGCAGACGUUCUUUCACUUUGACUCCUAUGGGAACAGCAAUACGGCAACCUCCAUAAAGCUGAUGAACAAGGUGAAGGGUAUGCUGGGCAUGCGUUUGGCCCAGUUUCGUCCUAUGCGUUGCCUGCAACAGGCCAACGGCUACGACUGUGGCAUUCAUGUCAUCUGCAUGACCGAUCAUAUAGCGGGUUAUGUGAGUCGCUACGGGAUGAUCGAGGGCUUACCCAUAUUGCACUUUGAUACGGUGAAGGCCAAGCGGGCUGAUCUGCUUAAGCUCAUCUUGUCGCUGGGCGGCAGUUGUUAACUUAUCUAUUUUGAUUGCAUUGUUUGAAAUGAGCUCUUAUAAAAGUAACCUAUUGUAAUAUAUACUAAAUACCGAAUGCA